GAGACAUCAUCGUACACGGAGACAACCUUUGUUCAUGAAGCGCGCCGCUGAGAGCAACAUGGCAGACACGGCGUCCAAACGAGAAACGGACAGAGACGAAGCCGACGAAUCGGCUCACAAAGUGAAGAGGACGGAAGCCGACGGUGAAAAUGGCCCAGGACACGAUGGAGAGGAGUCUGAGAAUAUUCUGUCUGGAUUCAAAACGUCCAGCGUCUUGAGUGAUUCCGCCCGGGAGAAAAACAUCUUCAUCCAUGGAAAGUUGGCUGAUCAGGAGGCCGUGGUCAUUCUGGAGAAGACUCCCAUCAGAGAAGAAACCCUGGCUGAGAUCUUCAGCGGUUCCAGGCUGAAGCUGGACUUGAGAAACGACAUCUACAGCACGUAUCGGCUGCAGGCUCCCCCCCACCUCAACGAGAUCAAGACCACGGUGGUGUGUCCGGCCACGGAGAAGCACAUAAAGAAAUACAAGCGCCAGGAGAAUUUUCUGGUGGAGGAGACGGGGACGGACUAUCGGUCCAUCACUCUGCCCUACAUCCAGAAGCAGAGUUUCAGCGUGCAGUGGGUGCACAACAUCCUGGAGAAGAAGGCGGAGGCUGAGAGGGUGGUUUACGAAGAUCCGGACCCAGAGGUCGGCUUCGUCCUCCUCCCUGAUUUCAAAUGGGACCAAAAACAGGUGCAUGAUUUGUACCUGAUUGCCAUAGUACAUCAGAGGAACAUCAGGAGUCUGAGAGACCUGACGUCUGAUCACAUACCGCUGCUGCAGAACAUCUUCCAGAAAGGAAAGGAGGCCAUCCUGCAGCGCUACGAGCUCCCGGCCAGUAAGCUGCGGGUCUACCUGCACUACCAGCCGUCCUACUACCACCUCCACGUGCACUUCACCACGCUGGGCUACGACGCCCCGGGCUGCGGCGUGGAGCGCGCCCACCUCCUCGCAGACGUCAUCCAGAACCUGCAGUCUGACCCGCAGUACUACGAGAAGCGCACGCUGUACUUCCCCCUGAGGGCGGACGACGGGCUGCUCGGCAAGUUCAAGGAGGCGGGAAGACUUUAAACGUACCGUUGUGCACACAAUGAGAAGAUCCGAACUCUGUCGGACCAAAUCCAACGUUUUGGUUUCCUCUCGGUAACAGCUACAGCGCUGCACAGUUCGCUGUAUCCUCAUAUCAGAACCUCUAGGUGAAUAGAUUGGGUGUUAAGCUAUGAACAUUUUCUCUUUCAGUUCACAGAUGAUAGUCAUGAUUUUCCAGAACAAACGUGUAAUUGAUGGAGAAUUUGCGAACCCCAACUAAUAAAUAAUCACCAGCUCAUUUGUUUACCAGUCCCCACUACUUUAUAAUCACUUUUAUAAUAUUCCUGCUUUCAUUAUCAUGACGUGAGUGAAACUAAGAGUAACUAUGGCUAAUAAGUGGAGAAAGGAUUUUUGUAUCAAUUUUUAAUGUUGUCUGAUGUUUUUUUUCACAUGUGAUCUAAAUGUUGCUGACUGAAAUAAAAGAGGAUUUUUUUUCUA